UAUAGUCAAAACGCUAUACGCAGCUGUGUAGCCAACUUGCCAUUGCCACAGUCGCUCCCAAAGAAUGUCAAGAAAUACACGAUUGUUAUGUGAAUAAAUCGAACUAGUGCUGUUUACAAAACUCAACAGACAAUUAUUUAGUGUCGGAACAUUCAUAGUAUUACGAAUAAACAGUUAUCAACUUAAAAAUCAAAAUGGUGCUUAUGACGAUGAUCGCGCGAGUUGUCGACGGCCUGCCGCUCGCCGCAACCAUGCAAGACGACGAACAGAGCGGCUGCAAUAUCUUGGAGUACCAAAAUCAGGCGAAAAUGCUGUUCAGGAAGCUAGGACCGCAGUCUCCGCUACGCUGUUCCAUUGAAUCCGGACCCUUCCUGUUCCACUAUCUGAUUGAGAACGAGAUCUGCUACCUGGUGCUGUGUGAGAGGAACUACAACAAACGGCUAGCGUUCAGCUACCUCGAGGAGAUCGCCCAGGAGUUCUACCAGCAGUACGGGAAGAGGGUGAACACGGUGACUCGGCCUUACACGUUCAUUGAGUUCGAUACGUGGAUGCAGCGAGCGAGGCGCCAGUACAGCGAGGGCGGGACGCGCGCGCGCCGCACGGGCGCCGCGGCCGCCCUCGGCGGGCAGCUCGGCGACGUGCAGCGCAUCAUGAUGCAGAACAUAGACGACGUGCUGCAGCGAGGCGCCGUGCUCUCCGAGCUCGACACAAAAACGCAGUCCCUCUCCAUGAUGUCGCAAAAAUACAAGAAGGACGCCGCGUACCUAAACACCAAGUCCAUGCUCAUCAAAGUGACAGCUGGCGCCGUCAUAUUGCUGGUUUUCGUGUUGUACUUCUGGAUCCUGUAAACCUAGUACUUCUGUCAAGUUAGGGCGGCCAUUUUGUUGUUUUGGCGGACAUUUUGAAUAGUAAACUUUGGAAAAAUACGAAAUAACUUUAUAUGGAACAUAUAAGACGGGCGAUAUUUACAAUAUCUACCUAAACACCAAGUCCAUGCUCAUGAAAUGUGACAGCUGGCGUCGUCAUAUUGCUGGUGUUCCUGAUGUACUUCUGGAUCCUGGAAACCUAGUACUUCUGUCAUAUUAGGGCGGCCAUUUUGUUGUUUUGGCGGACAUUUUGAAUAGUAAACUUUGGAAAAGGGCGCUUUUGGAUUACAUAACUUUAUAUGGAACAUAUAAGACGAAAGGUAUUUACACUAUUUACUACACACACACACCAAGUCCAAGCAAGACGCCAAGUCCGUGUUCCUCAAGGUAUUUGUCAAGUUAGGGCAGCCAUUUUGUUGUUUUGGUGGACAUUUUAUAAACUUUAAAACAGAGGACACUAUUAUGUGGAUUAUGUGGUUGUUUUAACUAAGAAUUUAUAUAAGUAUAAAUGUGUCUUUCCAUCAGAAAAUCGUGAUCGUGAGAAUUAUUAAAUUAACACAGCUUUUUUUGAUCUUCUUGAAUAAGGCCUGAUGAAUAGAACUUUUAUUAAUUGUAACCUUUAUUUCAAUAAAGUCAACUUAUUUUCAAAUAAUGUGUUUAUUACUUUUAUCUAAUGUCUACCAAAAUAUCAAAAUGGCCGUGUUAUUAAUGUCUAAUAUCGAAUCCUCCCUAUUGAACCCCGACCCACAAAUACAAUGUGUAAUGUGUGUUUACAAUAUUGAUAUAUAUAUAUAUAUUCGAUACCGUACAACCGUAGGAACGAAACUAUAUAUUGUAUAAAAUAUUAUGAAAUUAACUGUAAUAAACAUCGAUUUAUAAAAGUAUAAUUGUAAUAUAUUCUUGAUGUGUAGGUACUUUAACCGUUCGAACGCCACGGCUAUCGUAUGCGGCGCGUCACCGUGAAGCUUGUCGGAAUGCGGUUUGCAUGCCGGUCAAAGGGUUAAAUAGUGUCAACUGCAGCAUACUUGUUAGUAGACCCCUUUUUAAGCCCUACAAAUUCAUGUACGUUUCGUACUUCGCUCUGAAAUCUAUGGAUAUGAUUUGUUUAUAGUAUUCUUCACAUUUUUGUCGCUGAUAAACCGAUUUUAAUAUAAAUUGGUAUCGCACGCCAACAUAUUUGAGAGAAAUGAGACUUGCGUGCAUUAGAAUUAAGUUCAAUUUCCAUGUUGUUUAUGCGCGAGGUCGAUCGGGAGUAUCUGAGCGCAGCGAGGGCCUACAAAGCAGCUUUGCUAUGUCCUUGAGGCCAAUUUAAACUUACAUUUUGACAUCAAAAUUGGCCUCCUAGUUAGCAAUACGGCUUGGUGAUAAAUAAAUAUUUUCCUUUGUGUGCAAAAAUGUUAUAAAAAUAAAAGCACAAACAUUAAUUCCAAAUGUAGUAGGAAGAGAAAAUCAAAAACUAUGUAUAAGAUAAUAAAUUUGUUCUUAUCUAAUUUCAUUUGGGUAUAAGAAAACCCUGCUUUCAUAAGUGGGUCAUUUCAUUUAAAGAUGUAAGUUCGCCAUCAGAUAUAUCGGAGCGGCCAAGGUGAUCAAAAAUAUCCGAACGCGCACUCUAACGCCCUGACAAUAGAGGCGUGUUCAGAUAUUUGUGAGCACCUCGGCCGCUCGGAUAUACCUCAUGGCGACGUACUAGCGAACAUGGACCUAUAAUAGUAUGAGAAGUUUAAUAACCGGGCCUUUGGGCCAGGUACCGUAGUUUAGGUCUACUACUUAGGCGGUUGGUAAGGCACUUACGCGGUUAUAUUUUAAUAGUUGAGUUAUAUCUGACGGAGUUAUAUAUAUAUCUCUGGUUAUAUUAUAUAACUAAAUCUAGUUUAUAUAAUACAGUUUUAUUUUUAACUUGGGUAAUACAUAUGUACUUCGACUUCAUACAGCCAACCAAUCUGUCGCAGACGUAAUAACUUAUAAACCGCCUGAGUAAAACUGUAGAAUUGUAGUAGUAUUUCUACUCUAAUGGCUCCUCUACACCGUUGGCCAUGAUGGGCCAUUGCAGGUGAUCCCGAUCGUGUGAAGGAUUAAUAGCCUACCAUAGAAGUGGCGUGCGCGUGCCUCCGUGAGGGACAAAACAUACGCAAUGCGACAAUAUUAAAAACACGUUUUAACAUUCCUGACAAUAUACCAAAAACAAUCUACGUAAUUCGGUUGGGUUUUUUGUUGCCCACCUUACACCAUACUUAUCUUAUUGUUUUCGGGGGCCCUUGCGGAUACACUUCGACCCAUCGGGAUCUUUUGUGCAGUUACCCCCUAGAGAAGAUACACCAUACUACAUUAAAUGUACCUACCACCAUAAAUUUUAUGGUGGGGAACAAACAAAAAGUGAGACUGACAAGGACAAGCAAUAAUACCGCUUUCUCUGCUACUCGUACUGAAAGUUGUAUAAGUGUAUCUCGUUCGGUCAUUUGGCCCCUCCCCCGUUUCAUCUCUAUAUUAUUGUACCUCUAAGUAGCCUACAGUGGCCCAUGAUCGGCGAUGAUGUAACGUUAUCGCCAUUCUGUCGGUUUUCAAGCAAACACCAAAUAUGUGCCGGCCUUAAUGGAGUAUUAUCCUACUAUUCAAAUCAGUUUAUUUUAUAUAACUGUCAAAACGAUUUGCUAUUAUGGAUUUAUAUGAAACACUACACAAUGACGUCACGGUCAACUCACCUACUUUUUAUAUUAAAUAGUUACAGUAAAAUACCCUAUUGUGCGCCUGUCCACACGAUGGAAUCGUCGCCCAUUCUGUAAUGGACCAUCAUUGCCGAUGGUGUAGAGGGGCCAUAAACUAAGACAUGAACAUUUAACUAGUAAAUAGGUAUGACUUGUUCCAUGUUUUGAAAUUGGCUUGUCUGUCCUACCUUUUCUUGGUAGUGGAAAUAUUCAAUGUAAUUACAAUAUCUUUAAUGGUGUUUUUUAUUUAUUGCGUAUAGGGUUGGACGCCUGGAUGGCGAUAUAUUUGUAAAUAUAAAAUACAUAUUCA